GAUGUUCCAAUUCCUCCAUCCCGGAAGUCCUUCAAUAACAAGUCUUAUUAAUAAUGGCCGCCGAGCGAAUAUUCAGUCAUUCCACAAACUGUCCACUCAUCACCGAAGGGGUACGGGUGACUCUAUAGCCGACCUGAAUCCACUGUAGCCCUGUUGUUUCUCCUUCCUCUGGGUCUGGCUGCCUACCCAUAAUGUAUUGCCAGAGGGCCUUUCUCUUCUCAGCUCACCUCAUGUAACCUCAGUGGACUCCCCAUCAGUCCUGUCCACAGCACAGAACCACCUCAGGACGGGAUGAACCUCUCUACCGCCUGCUCUACACUGCUGCUAUAGUCAUAUGUGCUGGUAAAUCCUCCCUUAUAACAGUACAGAAGCCAUGUCUGGUUCAGGAGACUUACCAGCCAUUGAAGGUUCAGGGAUGGGCGGGAUGAAGCUCCCCAUCGGGAUGACGCGGAGGGCGCUAAGCUACGACGACAACCUUGAGGCCCCCAUGUCCACGCCCCCCCAUGACAUCAACAUCACCAACCUGUGGAGACGACCGGUCGUGCCGGAUAGGAAAUUCAACCAGCUGGCUGAGGAGGAAGAAGGUGGUGCAGCAUGUCAGUCUAACUUUGCUGACAGUGCCCCCCCCAGGUCACAAAGCGUGGUGAAGACCAAGGCUUCCUCCAUCAUCCUCAACUCUCUCAUCACCAAGCAGACUCACGACAGCAUGUACAAGUUUGAGCAGAAGGCGGGGUUGACGGAUACCAGCUACACGCCUCACAAAGGCCUCAACGCCGAGGAGACGCGUCGCCUCCAUCGUAUGCCCGAAUCCUUCCAGAAAAUGCAGAUCCAGAGCAUGGAGGCCCGAGAGGAGCGCCAGAACUCCUCUGCCCAGUCCACUCCAUCCACCACUCCCCACAGCUCCCCUAAACAGCAGCGCAGGGGCUGGUUCAGCAGCACUAGCUCUGACAUCAGCGUCAGCUCCUCCAACAGCAGUGUGGACCUGGGAGGAGGAGAUGGGGCAGUGGUGGGAGGGGGGGUGCUGGAACGCUGGGGUGUUUUUGGGCCGCGACCACUCGUGCACAAGUCCACCUCCGAUCUGGGCUCUGAUCCUUCUAAUGCAGCAGGCUUUGCGCUGCAGGCCUACCGCGGCGCCCAGAAGCCGAGCGCCAUGGAGGUCAUGAAGUCGCAGGGCACACGACUGGCUGACGGCCCCGACGCCCAGAAGGUGGCGCCACCCAAAAUGGAGAUCCCAACGGUGGAGGGUCGGCGGCAGGGGGCGCGCCCGCACAAGCUCAAGCCGCGGGACAUGAAUAUCCUGACGCCCUCCGGCUUCUAAGCGCUGAUGAAGUCUUACGUCUGUCCUGUUACCUGAUUGGCCGCUACUCCUUAUGAAGUCAUCAUUCAGUUGAGUUAGUGAAUGUGAAAGAUGCAUGGUCCAAAAUCAUUAUAUAACAUUUCAAUGUGGUCGACAUCCCAUUAACCUACCUUUGGUUAGUGACAUCACAUAGUGGCAGCUCUUUGGGAUAAAACAUCUUAAUAGAAAGUCGUGAAAACAUUCCAUUCAACUCCCAUAGUUAUGUACUGGCAGCACACUCUAAAUUAGCCAGCUCAUUGACCUCCAGUUUGUUCAUAUUCAGAAACAUUUUUUCCUCCAUAAAAAAUCAUGGAAAUGUAUUUAAUAGUUUCCAAGUUUACUUAUUUUGACGAAAGUUUUGGUCAAAACCUGAAUCGUACAACUUCAGGCACUUGGCAUUAGAAGUUCCAUUUUUUGUAAGGCAGUUAACUAACUAGCAGCUGACUGAAGGACCUCCGAUUUCUUCAUGUAUAGAAAGAAAUUAUCGUCAUACAACUUCAUGGAAAAAUUAACUCUUUCCAAGUUUUGUGUGCUGCGAUUGACUGGCGACCAGUCCAGCGUGUACCCGGCCUCUCGUCCGAAGUCAGCUAGGAUAGGCUCCAGCAUACCCGCGACCCUAGUGAGGAUAAGCAACAGAAGAUGGAUGGAUGGAUGGAAGGUUUGUGUGACGUAUUAUCCUGGAAGGUUUGGUGAAAUUGUGUGGCAGCGGCACUUUGACAUAUUUUUCAUGAAAAUUUUAGUCAAACUAGCGUAUUCAGUGUUGGCGGUCACUUGCUAGCCAAUGGACCCCUGUUACGAUUACUGCUACAAAGUGAGCUAUAUUAGCUAUAUUCACCAUCAUCUUGCACCCAAGCAAAGAUUUUGUGACGUCUCCACCUAAAACUCAUAAUAUCCCAGGCCAACUUCUAACAUUACCUUACUUUACGUGUAGACAUAGCUGAUCUAACAAACUUCCUCUUCUUAAUUAAAACUUUUCAUAAAUCCUUUUAAAUGGACUGAAAAAUAACCUCUUAUGAUUGCACCUUAGCUUGCUUUCUACCACCAGGGACAUGACGUUUUUUGUUUGUCAUGCUGCACUGCUAACUAAUGACUUAUGGAAUCGAAAUGUAGUAUCUUGAAGCAGAAAAAAAAAGCAACUCUAUAAAACAAGCUGACUUGCUCGCUUAAAUAUUCCACAUUGUUUUGUUUUAUGUCUCCUCUUUAUUAUUUACAUGUUUUAAUGACUAGAUUUGUAUGUGUUUGUGUGCAGUGAAGAGAUGAUUGCAGCACACUCUUGUUUAUUUUUGUACAAGUGGUCAAAUAUGAAGGGUUUGUUUUGAAGUAGAAACCACUAGGUUUUAAAGGCAGACUUUUUUUUGUUACAAAAUAAUCCUAAAAACCAAUGUAAUACGUAAUUAGACUCAUCCUGUGAUGUCAAACUGUUCCUCAGUGGGUUUUAUUUGAAAGAUUGUGUUUGGUUGGAUGUCCAAUAUGUGAAGCAUUGUCUUUAUUGCACUUUUUUAUUAUUUUCAUUAAGAGGACCAGUCGCCUUACUGGCAAAAUAGGCUUUGGCGUACCUGUUACCCCUCUAUGGCAUACCUGACACCCUGCUGUGGCGUUUCCUUGUCCUUUAGCACCCAUGAAUAUUAAAUGUCUUUCUCUGUGGCUCUAAAUGAGACUGAAGUCUCUCAAAAUUGUGUCUUCAUGAGACUGUAGCUUGAUUCGGAAAGUUUCAGUAUUGUUUUUGACUGCAUUUGAGAAUAAAUGUGAA